ACAGAAAUUAUAAUUUGUAUACAAUUAUUAAAUAUAAGUAAUAAGUAAUAUGGUGUUGUUCCUCAUUUACAGACUGCAGUAAUAAUUUUAUCAACACUGACAAGGUACUUUGAAUACUGAAGAGCUUUUCUGUCAGAGUAAGUAAAAACAAACAAAAAAAAAGGGUUGCGAAUGUUACUUGAAAAGCAGAUAUGCAGAUAUGUCAUCUGUUUGGUCCAAGAGGCGUAGAAUUUGUAAGCUUGUUCAAGAAGCAGAAAGAGAUAUUGCACAGCAUUUUGAAUACACUCAAAUGCCCAGUUCAGCCUCUCCUUUAGAUCAAAAUGCAAAUCAUAGUCUCUCUGGUGAAACCAAGAAGGAACAUCCUUCCCCAGUCUCUCCUUUGUCUCAUGGUAGUGUUUGUUCUGGUAGUUUAGAAUACCAUGUUUGUAGAGAUUCCAACAGGAGAAUUCCAGAUUCUCAAAGUGUGCUUCAUGGGAUUUCUGUGUCUCCUGGAUGUGUCAGUUCUCCUGGAAGUGACAGUUCUGACUCUGAUUGUUGUGACAAUGAGUCAAAUGAGUCCAUGCUCCUCCACCAGUUAAAAGACUGGGCUACUACGUUCUCCAUUUCAUUGGUAGGACUCACUGCACUCCUGAACCUGCUCAGGAUGUAUCAUCCACAUUUACCUAGAGAUGGAAGAACAUUGCUUGGCACGCAGUCACAUGUAGCCACAAGAAAGGUAGGAAAUGGUGAAUACUACCAUUUUGGGUUGGAGCAAGGUAUACACCAGAAACUGAAAAGUCUCAAAAUCCAAAGCAGUCUACAAGGACUAAAACUACAGUUCAACAUUGAUGGUCUACCACUUUUCAGAAGCUCAAGAACCCAACUUUGGCCUAUUCUUUGUCUAGCUGAUUGUGAUUACUCCAAGUCUCCCUUUCUUGUGGGAUUGUACUGCGGAGUAACUAAGCCUGCAAGUGUUUUUGACUAUCUGGCUGACUUUGUGAAGGACUUGACAAAUGUGCUGGAGCAUGGCAUUGACUACAAUGGUAAACAGCUUGAAGUUUCAGUGUCAGCUUUUGUUUGUGACGCCCCAGCCAGAGCCUUUGUAAAGAACAUCAAGUCACAUAAUGGCUAUUCUGGAUGUGACAAGUGCAUGCAGGUGGGCAAAUGGCAUAAUAAAAUGACAUACCCGGAAACCAAUGCCAGACCAAGGACUGACUCCAAUUUCUGUGCUAUGGCUGAUGAAGAACAUCAUUUGGAAGGGAAACUUGGCCCUUUGACAGGAAUUGUAAAGAUGGUGUCCCAGUUUCCACUCGACUAUAUGCACCUGUGCUGUCUCGGGGUUAUGAGAAAACUUCUGCUUUUCUGGCUAAAAGGAAAAAAAAUGGCGACCCGGCUUCCUUCAAAAACUGUUGGCUUGGUGUCCAAAAAUCUGCUAAAUCAACGGCCUUAUACACCCUCUGAAUUCUCUAGGAAACCAAGAGUUGACAGAAAUUGAUCGCUGGAAGGCAACAGAAUUACGCCAAUUCAUGAUUUAUACUGGUCCAGUGGUGCUUAAGAACUGCAUGCCACAGGAAGUAUAUGACAACUUCAUGCUUUUCUCUGUUGCCAUGUUUUUGCUCCUGACUCCAGACAUUUCCAAAGAAAAGUUGUGCUUCGCUGGCAACAUACUUGUGUGUUUUGUUAGACACUUUGGGGAGCUGUAUGGAAAGGAAGAGAUUGUUUUUAAUGUGCACCAGCUUGUCCACCUUGCAGAUGAAUACCGAAGAUUUGGGGCCUUGGACAAUGUUUCAGCCUUUCCCUUUGAAAACUGUUUGGGAAGAAUCAAGAAACUUGUAAGGAAGCCACACCAACCACUACAACAAGUAGUUAAAAGAUUAUCAGAAAUGCCAACAGCAUUGGUGCCCAUACCAACAUGCUCUGUAUCUUUACAACAUAAGCACCAUAAUGGACCUCUGCCUCCACAGUUUGGUACAGCUGACCAAUUUAACAAAAUUACCUGGAAUGAGUGCACCAUUUCCACAGAGCCAGGUGACAACUGCAUAGAGGUCGGCCAUGAAAUAG